AUGUCAUUUUUCGGUUUCGACCCGACGCGCCCUGGCCAUAACACGGCGGCGCCGGGCUUCUCUCAAACCCACGAUCCUUUCGCCGGCCUUUCUCGUGGCGAUGCCGAGGACGACGAUGCUGUCGAGUUCGACGAUACGUACGAUGGACUAGGAGAUCAACUCGAGGAGAGCGGCGAUGCUUUCAACGACGACACCUUUGGAGGCGGUGGCCCAUCUACCAUCUCGGCUGCUCCUGUCGGCAAGGACUUCGACUUCUUUGGCCAAACGGCAAAGGUAUCUGAUGCCAUCGAAGAGGAGCAGGUCCGCUACAGCCGUCAGGUUCCAACCGCCAAGCCUGCUCCCGCUCCUGUACCCGUCCAGCAGCAUUAUCAGCAGGCCCAACCUCCGCAGCAAUACUACUAUCCCCCAACCCAGCAGGCCCCCAGACCUGUUCGCACGGGCUAUGAGAAGUAUAAGGAUGCGGAACCAAUUCCCGACCUGCACGUCGACGCGUCGCUGUGGGGCAUGCCUUCCAAGAAGACCAUUGUUCCGGAGCCUUCCCCGAAGCCGCAGGCUGUCCCAUCCGCUAGCAGGAAGGUCAUGAGUCUGGAAGAGGUCGAGAAGGCAAUGCGAGAGCAGGCGACCCAGCGAACGCCUCAACCCACUUUUUCGGAAUCUGCGCCGACUGCUCAGGGCUACCCAACGCCUGAGUACGGUUAUGGCCGACCCGAAGUUGCCCAACAGCAAUCCUUCCAGGGUGCUGAACAUCAACAGCGUGGUGGUCAGCCUCAGCAGCAUCCUGGCCACGGACAUCCCGUACAGAUUCUGCAGAGACCUCAGUCCAUCGCCUCCAAGCCGACCCCUCCCGUCCAAGGCACUCCCAGCCCGCUCGCUCAGCCUCCUCACUCCCAAGCCCCGCCUUCGCAGCCGACUCAGAUUCUCCAGAACCCGAACAGGCUCUCAGGCGAUGCCGCCCGGAUCGGCGCUCAUGGCCCUCAUGGCCCUCAAGCUCAUCAUCAAGCCCAUGGACACCAGGGACAUCGAUCACAAGGUUCUUUGGGACGGGUCCCAUCCGCCAAUCAGCAACAGCAGCAGCAUCUCGCACACCUUUCGGAGGACGAAAAGGCCGCCUACCUUGACCAAGAAACCAAACGUGCUAAGCGCAAUCACAAGAUUUGGCUUUUGUCCAAGGAUAAUGGCCUCAUGACACCUCAGGACAAGAACUUCGUAACCCGUAUUCAGUUGCAGCAACUGGUUUCGGCCACUGGAAACCCCAUUGACAACACCAACGACGAUUCUUUGACUGAGGAUUUCUACUACCAGGUGCUGAGCCAGAUCCGUGGCGGCCAACGCCAGAACCCUAACCAACCGUUGAACAACUUCGCUCAAACUUACCUGUUCCAGACGGGAAGUCGACAGGGCAACAUGAGGAGACAAGGACGGGCAGCGGAGAACCAUGUUCAGCGAAUGGAGCAGCAAGUUCAACGUGCUGUUGAGGCUGCCAAGAACAAGCCCAAGAAUCCUCAGCUGGUCAUCGCUGGAAGUCUCGGAAAGAUCUCCUUUAGCAACGCCAAGACGCCCAAGCCCCUCCUGAACAUCAAGCGAACUGACAGCAGCGGAGAUGCCAACCGUCCUGGCAACGGCAAGCGUCACGGCGAGUCAAACAGCCUGGAUCGCAAGGCCAUCUUGCGAAAUAUUGAAAAGGUCUAUAAUACCAUUAUGAAAAUGGAAGACCACGCGCGCUUCAUUCCUCCGCCGCCUACCAACGGAAACGACGAAGAGUUCCAUGCUAAGCACCAGGAAUGGUUGGAGACGGCUCAGGCGUACAAUGCCCAGCUCUGGAACGAUCUGAAGGUCCACGAACCCAUUGGCGCCACCACCCUCCACCCCUUCAUUGCGUUCCUAUCCUUCCCCAAGGGCAAGAAGGCCAUUCCCCGUGUGUUCCGCCACAUCAGCUUCGAGCAGCGCACCACGAUUCUGACCAUGAUCAUUAUCCAUCUGGACCAACUUGAUGUGGUUUACGGAGCUCAGACUACCGACGGUGAGGUCAGUCUCAACGCUGCCAUGCGUGAGAGCAUUGAACUUUUCUCGGCUGCCGUCAUGCCGAGUCUGUUUGCUUACUUCAACGAGACGGAAUUGGACAUUGUGACGGGCGUGCUUGGUCUUAUUAGCACCAAGUUGAACAUCGAUCUCAUUGCCAAGACUCGCGUGGGCUGCUCAAUGUUGACUCUCAUUCUAAGUCGAGCCGAACUUCUGAAGCAAGGCGGCGGAGGUAGUCCCCAGCUGUGGGCUGAAUGGGAGCAAACCUUCAACAUGUUCUUCAACAAGCUCGAGCCAACACUCCACCACAUCUUCCCCGGUAGCGUCAACACCGGAGAAGACGUCGUGGUCUGGCAGCUCCUCGCUGCGGUUGGUGUCAGUGCCAACCCUGAACAGCAGCAACGCCUGGUCCUUGCUGUCAAGGAUCGCGUCCUCGAUACCGUCGCGCACGCAAAGACGCUUCCGGGCGCCAUGGCAACUACUCGGUUGGCCACUGUCAACCUCUUCAUGCACUCCAUUGGUUUGGAUGUCGAAUUGCUUCAGUAA